AUGGAUAACCCAAAGAUCGUCCAGCUCAUCACCGAUGGAGACGUAAUGCUGGUUUGCGGCGGCGAAGAUGAAGAGUUCGUUUACCUCGUUGUCGUCUUCUCAUUGGAGAUCACUGACCAGAGCGACAGGACAAAGCUCCAGGUGCGGUCAAGCGUCCUCACCGUGAGCUCGAAAGUCUUCAAAGCCCUCCUAUCGCCACAGUUCAAAGAAGGCGCUGAGCUGGCUGGCGCUGGCAGCGUAGAGAUCGCGCUCCCCGAGGACGAUCCAGAAGCCAUGGCGAUCAUGUGCAAAGUCCUCCAUCUCUGGGGACGGAACGAUAUCGAACCGCGGUCCUUGACUACUGAACAGCUGCUCAACGUAGCUGUGCCCCCGGACAAGUAUGGUUGCACCCGCGCCAUGAGGCGUGCAGCAGAACAGUGGAUCAAACAACUCGAGAAGGUGGUAGAUCACACCAAGCUUCAUUCGUUGAUCGCAGCGUGCUUCUACUUCGACCACGAGCCGAUGUGGCGCCUUGUCAGCAGAGCGUUCGUGUUUGAGAGCACCGAGGCAAGAGACCUCCAGCCUUUAGAUGAAUUUCAGUACCCACAAGAACUGGAUGAUCUAUGCGCGGAGAACUACCGCGCUCAAGGACACGCAAACGGUUCUGGAGACCUUCCAGGUCAAGAUGACCUGUGCAAGCUGUCCUAA